AUGAUUAAAGGAGAGAUCCGAAACACACCUUCCUCCUCCGAAGCCGUCCCAGACUACAAUUCAGAUAGUGAAGUCGAAAUCAUCGAUUUCCAAAGCGUACCUUUGUCAUCUCAAACUCUUCUCGACAGGGAGUUGACCAUUUCCAACUCAGACAUUGAGGAAAUACCUAAAGCUCAUGAUGGCAUAGAUGUUCUGCUCAUCCUAUAUGUUGCGGCAAAUGAUGCACACUUCUGUUGGUAUUCCCCCCUGCAUGAUGGAGCAUUCAGCCCAUUUUCCGAUUUCACACUGCGAGAGGUGCUUGGCUUCCCAGACAACAGAUAUGCAAUAUAUGAUACUUACCUCAAGGAAUUCGUACAUUUGCCGUCUUAUUGUAGCUUCCAAGUUCAGGCCAGCAAAUUCUUCAUUCUUCGACAGCUGGAUCUUACUGACAAGGAUUGUCCAGAUGUCACCAAUUUCAUUCACAAGAGUGACAAAAUUUCUUCUUCCAGGCUUACGGCGGGAGCUGCAUCACAGGAUUUGAAAGGAAAACACAAGGCGUGA